UGCGCAAGCGCAGUUAGUAAGAUCCGGGCUCCAGACAGGAUGAAUGCAAAUUUCCAAGAUGGCGGUGGAGGGAGGAGGGAAGGAGAUGAACGAAAUUAAAACUCAAUUCACCACUCGGGAAGGCGUCUAUAAACUCCUCACGCACUCCGAAUACAGCCGUCCCAACAGAGUGCCUUUUAAUUCACAGGGCUCCAACCCGGUCAAAGUCUCUUUCGUGAACGUCAACGACCAGUCCGGUAACGGCGACAGAAUCUGUUUCAAUGUGGGCCGGGAACUCUACUUUUAUAUUUACAAAGGCGUGAGAAAGGCUGCCGACCUGAGCAAGCCCAUAGACAAGCGGAUAUAUAAGGGAACGCAGCCCACGUGUCAUGACUUCAACCCGCUGUCGGCAACGGCCGAGAGCGUCUCCCUGCUGGUGGGCUUCUCCGCCGGACAGGUGCAGCUCAUCGACCCCAUCAAGAAGGAGACCAGCAAGCUGUUCAACGAGGAGAGGCUGAUCGACAAGUCUCGGGUGACGUGCGUGCGGUGGGUGCCGGGCUCGGAGAGCCUCUUCCUGGUGUCGCACGCCAGCGGCAGCCUGUACCUGUACAACGUGGAGCACAGCUGCGUCUCGGCGCCGCCGCACUACCAGCUGCUGCGGCAGGGCGACGGCUUCGCCGUGCACACCUGCAAGAGCAAGCAGGCGCGCAACCCGCUGCGCCGCUGGACGGUGGGCCAGGGCACGCUCAACGAGUUCGCCUUCUCGCCGGACGGCCGGCACGUGGCGUGCGCCAGCCAGGACGGCUACCUGCGCGUGUUGGGCUUCGACAGCGGCGAGCUGCACGGCGCCAUGAAGAGCUACUUCGGCGGCCUGCUGUGCGUGUGCUGGAGCCCCGACGGGCGGUACGUGGUGGCGGGCGGCGAGGACGACCUGGUGACGGUGUGGUCGUUCGGCGAGCGGCGGGUCAUCGCGCGCGGCCACGGCCACAAGUCGUGGGUGAGCGUGGUGGCGUUCGACCCGUGCACCACCACCAUCGUGGGCGUGGACGGCGACGCGCCGGCCGAGUUCAGCGGCAGCGACGAUGACUUCCAGGAGACGCCCGCCCCUGCGGCGGCGGCGGCGGACUUCGGGCGCGAGCGCGCCAACAGCGCCCAGUCGCGCCUCUCCAAGUGCAACUCCACGGACGGCUGCGCCAUGAGCGUCUCCUACCGCUUCGGCUCGGUGGGGCAGGACACCCAGCUGUGUCUCUGGGACCUCACCGAGGACAUCCUGUUCCCCCACCUGCCCCUGUCCCGCACUCGGACUCACACCAACGUCAUGAACGCCACCACCACCGCCACUAAUGCCACCACCACUACUAACGCCACCCCGAACGCCAACAGCACGGCGGGCACCAACGGUGGCGGAGACAAGACGCCCGUGCUGUCCCACCCGCAGACGAACUGUCUGUCCGGCGGCUCGCUGCCGCGCUCCAACAGCCUGCCGCACUCCACGGCGCCGCCAGGGGGCAGCACCCCCAACAGCCACCCCAAGGCCAGCAGCAUCAUGGAGAGCGCGCUGAUUGCCACGGGCGUGCACAAGUUCGCCACGCUCACGCUGGCGCACGACUCGCGCAAGGAGCGCCACCACGAGAAGGAGCACCGCAGGAACCACAGCGUGGGCUACGUCGGCAGCAAGAGCAACGACAAGCUCAACCAGCUGAGCGGCUCGCGCUCGGCCACGGGCUCGGCGGGGCCGGGCAGGACUCUGGGCACCACCCUGUGCCCGCACAUGGAGGAGGUGCCUGUGCUGGAGCCGCUGGUGUGCAAGAAGAUCGCCCACGAGAGGCUCACCGUGCUCAUCUUCCUGGACGACUGUCUGGUCACCGCCUGCCAGGAGGGAUUCAUCUGCACGUGGGCAAGGCCCGGCAAGGUGGGCCUUCUGUCGUCCCAGAACCCCGGCAGCUCUCCGAGCGGGACGGUGGUGUAGGCUGCAGGGGGCGCUGUGCUGCUUAGCUGAGCGGAGCUCCACAGUGCAGGGGGCGCGUCAGACGGACCUGGCCCAGCAGGGGCCCACGGAUGCUGGGGUGAGAAUCCUCCUCUGCUGGCCACUGCCCAGGACGAGAGUCGGAGUGAGAGCCAGGCGGCUGCAUCAGGGCAGAGUGGGCAGAGCCAGUGCUGGAGAAGAGGGCACUGUUGGCAAGCAUGCCGGGGCCCGUGUGGAUGUGUGAAAGGGCCCCUGGAAGUCCUGCAAUGUUCUGUGGAUAAGAGGAAGAGGGGAAUCUCACCCUUUUUUUUAAGUUCUGUUUUAAAAACCUCCCUCUCAGUUUGGCU